AUGAGCGACGAUCUGGAGCACAGGCCCGCGAAGAGACAGCGAUUCUUUGCGGACAGCCCGGGGAGUCAGUCCACAACUGCCAAUUCGAAUGCCGAGGCUCAUGCGCAAUCGUUCUCGAAGCAAAGCGGUAGCGAGACAGAGCACAACGACCAAGCAACACUGCUCUCAACCCCUUCGAAGCUUUCUUCGGAGAAUUCUGGACUCACGAGUCCGAUAACGGCUUUGUCGACAUCGUGCGUGUCGAGAGAAACUCCUUCCAACGACCUCCAUGUGGAGCCUUCAUCGCACAAUGCACCUCCGCGGCCUGUUGCGGAUGAACCAGAUAAACAAGAGCAACCCAGUUAUUAUGAUGGCUUCGAUACUGAGCUGUUCGCAAGUAUAAUCGGACAAAAACUACCUGCGGAUUCACUACUGAAGAUCAAGGCGGCUUCGUCCAAUAAUCUUGAGCAAGCAGUCAACAUUUUUUUCGAUGGAUCGUGGAGGAAACCAGUCAAUAACAACAAAGACCGAAGAAGCGCGGCGACGCAACCGCCUCUCCAAGCGACACUCAAUUUGCCGAAUUCAGAAGAGAACCGGCAUGUCCAGUCAUCCCCCAACGGCACUACAGGCCCAACGGAUCAUCCGUCUGUGCUGCCCCGACAGCCCGCCAAUAGAUAUGUGGGUGCAUUUGGUGUUGGGGGUUGGGCGACACGGAGUGGGUUGGCCCUGCUCAAGCAUGGGGACGUGGUCAAUAUUGAGCGUGCUCGAUCUCAACCAGUGGCCAAGCGCGGUCGCAAUGGCAAGCUCUUUACGAAUAACAAAGGGGAUGUCCUCACAAGAUUCACAAACGCGGCUGGGCAGGAAAUUGGCCGGCUGCCACACGAGACGGCAGAAUGGGUGUCAACACUGAUCGAUCAGCAAGUAUGCCAGUUCGAGGGAGUGUGUGUGUUCAUUCCAGACAGGGUUCGAAUCAACGACACUAUCUAUCUCCAGUUGAAAUGUUUUAUGCGCCGGGAAGCAUUCCAGCGAGGAGCCUUCAUGGGCAGUUUGGACGACAACCGAUCCAUGGGCCUAUUUGAAGAGAAGGAAAGCACCGAAGAGAAAAAUUUGCGUCUUAGACAGGUGGCUCUCGUGAAGCUGUUUCAUGAAAUCAAUCUGCAACCCACAUCGACGAACCCCACGACGGAAAAGCACAAGCGCGACGGCCUACUUCGCGCCGCUGAGAUGGCAGAUCAAUACGAUGGAGCUAAGAAAGAUAAGUCGAAGGCCGGUAAGGACCCGAAUGACUCGUCUUCUGAGGAAGACACCGCGGAGCUGGAAGAAGACCAGCUCGAUACACUGUAUCGUAAGGCACAGUCCUUCGACUUCAACAUGCCAGAGGCAGAGCCCGGGCCAAAUUUCAAAUUGGAUCUUCGAAAAUAUCAGAAGCAGGCCUUGCACUGGAUGCUUUCCAAGGAAAAAGACAAGAGGGGCGCCCGCGAAAAAUCCAUGCAUCCAUUAUGGGAAGAAUACAGUUGGCCUACCAAAGACGUGGAUGAUCAGGUUCUGCCGUCGGUGCAGGGCAUCGACCACUUCUACGUGAAUCCCUACUCAGGUGAUCUCAGUGUAGAUUUCCCUGCUCAAGAGCAGCAUUGUCUCGGAGGUGUGCUUGCCGACGAGAUGGGCCUCGGAAAGACCAUCGAAAUGCUGAGUCUUAUCCAUUCCCACAAGUCCGAGCCUCCAUCUGGGUCCGUGGAGACUAUGAGUUCUGUCAACGACCUGGCAAGAGUUCCGCUGACUACGUCCGGAGUGGUUUCUGCAUCAUACACUACGUUAGUCGUCGCGCCAACUUCGCUCCUGGCACAGUGGGAAAGCGAGGCAUUAAAAGCUUCCGAGCCUGGCACGAUGAGAGUCCUUUUAUACUACGGAGCGGACAAGGCUGUGAACCUGCGUGAGCUUUGCUGUGAGGCCAAUUAUGCCAAUGCACCUCAUGUGAUUGUGACCAGCUAUGGAGUUGUAUUGUCCGAAUUCCGCCAAUUUGCAUCACAGUCAGCCUUCACCUCCGCCUCGCAUGGAGGCCUCUUCUCUGUUGAAUUCUUCCGUGUCAUCCUCGACGAGGCCCAUAUGAUCAAGAAUCGUCGGUCAAAAUCUGCAAGAGCUUGCUACGAAGUUCAAGCUGUCCAUCGGUGGGUCCUGACGGGCACGCCUAUCGUCAAUCGUCUCGAGGAUCUUUUCAGUCUGGUACGCUUCUUGAAGGUGGAGCCUUGGAGCAAUUACUCUUUCUGGAAGACGUUCAUUACUGUUCCAUUUGAGAACAAAGAGUAUGUGCGUGCACUGAAUGUUGUGCAAAGCGUACUGGAACCUCUUGUGCUUCGGCGAACAAAAACGAUGAAGACUCCAGAGGGCGAGCCGCUCGUACCUCUGCCGAAGCGCACUGUCAACGUUGAAGAGGUGGAGCUUUCAGAGCAAGAACGAGAGAUCUACGACUGCAUCUAUACGCGAGCUAAGAGAGCCUACAACGAUAAUGUCGAGGCCGGUACCCUACUCAAAUCGUACACCACUAUUUUCGCCCAAAUUUUGCGCCUCCGCCAGACAUGCUGCCACCCGAUUUUGACUCGCAACAAGGAGAUUGUCGCCGAUGAAGAGUUCGCUGCGGCAGCCCUUGAUGCCACCAACAACCUCACAGACGACAUGGAUCUCCAAGAGUUGAUCAACCGCUUCACGGCAUCGACAGAGAACGCAGAGGCCGAGGACAGAUCUGUAGUGUUCACUGCGCACGCUCUUCGACAGAUUCAAACCGAGUCGAGUGGUGAAUGUCCGAUUUGUUGUGAGGAGCCCAUGAUCGACCCUGCAGUAACCGCAUGCUGGCAUAGCGCCUGCAAGAAAUGUCUCUCGGACUAUGUACGUCACCACACGAACAAAGGGGAAAAGGCUCGCUGCUUUUCUUGUCGCGCAGAUGUGGAUGCCCGCGAUAUAUUUGAAGUUGUCAAGCAUCCCGUCUCACACCCAGUAACGCCAAUGGAAGACGGCUCAGGUAACAGCACGCCUCUCUCGAGCUCGCAGCCCACUCCUCGAAUCUCUCUCCGCCGAAUCAAUCCUCUCUCGCCGUCAGCACAUACAUCUGCAAAGAUUCACGCGCUGAUCAACCACCUGUCUCGUGUACCGCCGAACACAAAAUCCGUCGUCUUCUCCCAAUUUACGUCUUUCCUGGAUCUCAUCGGCCCCCAAUUGGCUAAAGUGGGUAUCUCCCACCUCCGCCUCGAUGGCUCCAUGCCGCAAAAGGCGCGUGCCGCCGUCCUUGACCAAUUCACAAAGACGGACGACUACGCCGACGACAUUCUCGACACAGAGGAUGAAACGUCAGGAUGCACCCGCUCCUCGAAUCCCAAGUCGACCAGACCAGAGCCCAGCCCGCGUGUGCUGCUCAUCUCGCUCCGCGCAGGUGGUGUCGGCCUGAACUUGACCGUUGCCAGCAACGUGUUCGUCAUGGAUCCCUGGUGGAGCUUCGCCAUCGAGGCCCAAGCCAUUGAUCGUGUUCAUCGCAUGGGUCAAUUGCGCGAUGUGUCUGUGACGCGGUUUAUUGUAAAGGAUUCGAUCGAGGGUCGGAUGCUUCGUGUGCAGGAACGCAAGAUGAACAUUGCUGGCUCACUCGGCCUGCGCGUUGGGGGCGAUGAAGGUGAUGAUGAUAAGAAGAAGGAGCGCGUCGAGGAGUUGAAAUUGUUGUUUGAGUAA